GAACCGGAAACACCUGGAGAACCGGAAGGAGCAGCGCUGUAUUUAUAAGCGACUUUUUUUUCUAUUUUUUUUUUACAGCCUCUGGCCGCCGCCUCCCGUCUUCCCCGCGGCCGCUCCUCCAGUGAACCGUUAUAUAGUGGCGAUGGCUGGCCGGAAGAGAUGCCUCCCGCCCGCCAAGGGGGACCGGGAGGGUCAAGACGGCCCGCUGCCCGCCGCCAAGCAGCGGGCCGACGGCCACAGACACGCCGCUGCCCUGGUCCUGGCGCGGGGGGGGAGCAAGGGGAUCCCGCUGAAGAACAUCAAGACCCUGGCCGGAGUUCCGCUCAUCGGCUGGGUGCUGCGGGCCGCGCUGGACUCCGGCGUGUUCCACAGCGUGUGGGUGUCGACGGACCACGACGAGAUCGAGAAGGUGGCGAAAUCCUGGGGGGCGAAGGUGCAUCGCCGCAGCCCUGAAGUCUCCACAGACUCCUCCACGUCGCUGGACGCCAUCCAGGAGUUUGUGAGGCUCAACCCAGACGUGGAUGUGAUAUGCAACAUCCAGGCCACGUCCCCGUGUCUGCAUCCGUUCCACGUGAAGGAGGCGCUGGAGAUGAUCACGAUGCGCGGCUUGGACUCCGUCUUCUCCGUGGUGCGGAGACACCAGUUCCGCUGGCAGGAGGUAAAGAAGGGAUCCGCUGAGUUAACCAAGCCGUUCAACCUGGACCCAUCCAACCGGCCGCGGCGCCAGGACUGGGACGGGGAGCUGUGUGAGAAUGGCUCUUUAUAUUUCACCACGAGGGAACUCAUCGAGAACCAAGGACUGCUGCAGGGUGGCAAGGUGGGCUACUACGAGAUGCUGCCCGAGUACAGCGUGGACAUCGACGUGGACAUCGACUGGCCCGUGGCAGAGCAGAGGGUUCUCAGGUACGGUUACUUCGGUCAGGCCACGCCGGAGGUGGUCAGGCUGAUGUUCUGCAUUGUUUCCGGAUGUCUAACAGAAGGACGGACCUUUCUGUCCGUGUCCGGAGAGGAGAUGGUUUCCAUUAAUACCAGAGACACCGUGGGCAUCCGGAUGCUGCAGAGCGAGAAAGUGGAGGUGGUGCUGCUGACGUCCAGCGAGGACCCCGUGACCGAGAAGCUGGUCGACAAACUGGCCAAGAGGACCGGCUGCAAAAUCGUCCAGGUGGGGGAGGAGCCACUGAAUGAGCUGAAGCUGAUCGUGGAGCAGAGGAAGCUGGAGUGGAAGGAUGUUGCGUACAUGGGUAAUGACAAAGCAGACGUCAACUGUCUGAACCUGGCCGGUUUGAGUGCGGUGCCCGGCGACGCCCCCGUGGUGGCCAUUAACGCUGCCAAGUACACCUGCCGCAAAGUCGGGGGCAUGGGAGCCGUCAGGGAGUUCGCGGAACACAUUCUCCUGCAGAGAGAGAAAGCGAAGUCUCUGAUGAAGCAGUACCGCAUCGACUGCAGCAGCAAAUGAGCAUUUUAAAAAUCACUUGUCGUUCCAAUACGAAGUGAAGGAGUUAAUGGAAGUAAUUACGCAAUGCAUGAGAAAUAUUAAGAUAUCAUACGAAAUGCGUAUCUAAUUUCAGAGUAGGAGUUACAGUUACAAUUCAAAAAGAAUAUUUAUUUUUCCUGUUCGUAACGUACUUGUUGGAUUCUGAUGUCCCAAAGUAAUUAUGAGAAAAAGUAGGAAAUUAAUUAAUUAAUGCUGUGAACAUUGCAACGUCUCGAAAGUUAACCAAUCUUGGUUGACUGUAGCAGUCGGUGCUUGAAGCAAGCUACUUGUAUGUAAACGACAGCAUCAACUAACAUCAAAACCAGAAACACUUCAAGAACUAACGCUAGACUAUAAAGUCUAGGUUUUUUAUUGCCGGUGUGAAACGGAAACUAAGACUUAAGAAACCGAAGUGCGGAUAUACCUGAAAAUUCAAGUCCUAUUCUGUUACGUUUAUAUGUAUUAUUAGAGAUUAUAAGAGAUACAAGCUGAGAUAUUCAACUCUUUUAAAAUGCCUUGGUAAUUUAAAUGUAAAGGGGGGGAAGCAUUUUAAACCAAAACUAUAACGACAAAGUAAAUGUUCAAAGUACAGUAGUUAGUACAACAUCACACCAUGUCCCUGUAUGUUCUUGGGUUUUAUACUGCUCGUGUGCCCUUAAAGGAAGUGUCCGACAUUUUAGGAAAUAUGCCUUUUGAUUUUAGAUAAGAAGGCUGUAACCACUCUCUUGCUGCACGCUAAAUGCGUUAGCUUAGCAUAAAGCAGGGCUUUUCACAUUUUGCUGCAUUUUAAUGUCACAUUGCCUUUGCUGCGUUACACCUCAUAGCGGUUUGUGUUUUUUUCAACGUUAGGAUUCCUUCAGUGUUAAUUGUUUUAACCAGGAGCAGAACUAUCACCUCUCCCAUAAUACAAACUGGUAAAAAACGCAGAAUGAAGCAGUUUUCACAAAAUCUGUAUUUCAGCGGCAGUAGGAUGUCGUUAGCGUUAGCUCGAGUCAUUCCAGGGGCUCUGCUCGCUUUUUACAUUCGGAUUAUUUUUUGUUACUGUUAGCGGAAUUUUAAAGGAUCAAUGUUACAAACUUACUUUCUAUCAACUUAUCAUGUUUCCACUUUGUUCCAGCCAAACCAACACGGCUGUUACUUUGGCGCGUUUUAUGCUAGCUCUCUCUCUCUUUCUGUUACCGCUCUUUAGGCUAAGCUAACUGGAGCUAGCGCGCUAGCUCUCUCUCUCUCUCUUUCUGUUACCGCUCUUUAGGCUAAGCUAACUGGAGCUAGCGCGCUAGCUCUCUCUCUCUUUCUGUUACCGCUCUUUAGGCUAAGCUAACUGGAGCUAGCGCGCUAGCCAUAGCCUCAUAUUGCGGGACGAGAUGUCUGAGUGACGUCUGCCGACUUCUCAGCAAAGUUUUUCCCAAAGUGUCCCAACAACAGCUUUACCCGUCAAUAACUUUUCAACUCGGCGCUAAGCUAACUUUGUGACUGAGUGCUAGCUGCUGGUUAUUAACCGCUCACUUCUGAACAAGAGGAUUUAUUAAGUAUAAGUUUGAAACUGCUGGUGAGAUGAGUUUCUUCAGGAGAACGCACACGAUGCAGGUCCUUCAGUUGCACUUUUAUUCAGUCAGUUAAAAUUUUUCUUUUUCUUUUUCUCUUUCCCAAAUUAUGCUUUUUAUUUGUAGGAAUGUUGACUUGUCAUUUGAUUCGUUUGUGUAAUUUUUAUCUCACGAUUUCUAUUCAAUGACUCGCGCUUGAUACUGCUGUGUGAAUAACUUUCAGUGAAGCUGAGCAAUGAAGUAAAA